CAGCAAGAGAAAGAAAAAUAUGAGCACGAUGUUGGAAAAAGUAUCGUGCUUUAAAACAAAAACCAAGUCCAAAGGACCAUUCGAAUCCAGGUCAUCAUUGUGUUCGUCAACUAGUCCUGAAAAAUACGAAGUCUUUUUGAGCUUCAGAGGCGCAGAUACUCGCAAAAACUUCGUCAGUUUUCUGUACAAGGAGUUAAAGGCCAAAGGCAUUCGAACUUUCAAAGACGACAAGUCACUGGUGUGUGGCCGUCAGAUUGCACCAGAGAUUCUACAAGCCAUCAAAGGGACGAGAAUCGCCGUGGUGGUGGUCUCUCCGACUUAUCCAGCUUCCUACUGGUGUCUCGAGGAGCUCGUAAUGAUUUUGAAACAGGAGAAAGAAAAUUUACUCACUGUGGUGCCUAUUUUCUACGAGGUUGAACCUUUUGACCUGAAGAGACAGACGGGAAAACUGGCGGAGCAGUUCAAGAAACACGAGAGGAGACAUAGCAUUGAGAGAGUCAAUUCGUGGAGGGAUGCGUUGACCAGAUUGGCUACUCUCUCCGGCGACUGUUCAAAGAGUUGGGAAAAUGACGCGACGCUGGUCGAUAGAAUUACUGAGAGAGUAUCAGAGAUGUUGUCCACGGUAACACUAAGCAAUGGUAAUAACCUAAUUGGUAUCGAGGAACACAUGAAGGAACUGUAUCCAUUACUGGAUCUGAAUUCAAAUGAAGGUGUUCAAGUAAGUGGGAUUUGGGGAAGAGGAAACAAGGGAAGAUCAGCACUGGCGAGACACGUUUACCAAAACAUAUCAACCAACUUUGACGCUCAUUGUUUUCUCGAAGACGUGAGGAGGAUCUCACUAUAUCUACAAGAAGAGCUUCUUUCCAAUAUGAAAGGAGAAGGCUUAAGCACAAGGAGCUCUCACAUGUGUUUGGACGCGAUCAAAGCAAGGCUCGGGAACAAGAAGAUUCUGCUAGUGGCUAACCACGUGGACAGUAUCGAAAAGUUAGAAGCCCUUGCUGAUGAAUUUGGUUGGUUUGGUCCAGGGAGUAGAAUCAUCAUAAUCACACAAGAUAAGCAAUUGCUUAGUUCAUGGGGUGUUAAGAGUGUCUACGAAGUUGAGCUCUUGAGAUGCUGUGAAGUUGGUAAGCUCUGGAGGUCUGAAGCCUUCAAACAGAAAGACGAUCAUGUGGAUGUUGAACUGUCUACUUACCGACCCAAGAAUCUUCCUGGUUCAGCCCUGAAAUAUGUAAAGGCUUUGUUAAGUGAUGGAGAUCAGCUCAUGGAAAGAUUAAACGAAACAAUAUAUAGUCUUUAAAUUCAUUUGAUUUGAAAAGGAAAAGUCAAAGCCUUUAUAGAUACAAAGUGAAAG